GCUUGGAUAAACUUAUACAGACAAGAAUACUGAGUGAAAGAAAAAUAAAGGCACUUUUUCUGGACAUUUCAGAAAUAUAAGGUGGCGUUGAUAAUUUGAAGCCUACAUAGUGUUUUUCUGCUCGGCCAAAAUAAGUCAGGAGCGGAUCUCAACUCUUGAAAGAUAGUGGUGGUGGUAUUGAUUCCAGCCUGUUAAUUUGUAUUCACCAGGACUUUGAUUGAUGACAAAGAAAACAAUGAUGAAGUCUAUGGUGACAAGGCCAGUUCCUGCCCAGUCCAGCAACAGUGACGGGAACAAAGUAGGGGAGACAACUGCAAAAGUUAACUCAGACUCGUUUGAUCCUGGAUGAGAAAAUCUGAUGUUAAAAGUAAAAUUACAGUCAAGUCUGAAUCACAGCCAAGUGCUCCAUUGAAAGAGGAAAAACGCAGACGGAUCACAGUGGGACGAUUAGACGUCAGCAAACCAGUGGAAAAGACAGAUGCCAAGCCCAGUGGUGGAAACUCGCCCAUAUUUGAGGUGGAGCAACCACUUAAAAGUGGAGCUAAGAAACAAGAUGAAGUCAGAGGGAAGGACGAAACCACCCUAGAGGUUGAAAAUGACCUAGAAAAGGAGAAGAAUUCUGCUGCAGUUUCCUUUUCUUUUAAGAAAAUGGGAAGUAAAGUUGGAUCUUCUGCAGCAUUUCCAGAGGAGAAGGAAGAAGAGGUCAACGGUGAAGAGGAGUCCAGGAACAGCAAUAGCACACCAUCUCCCAAAGAGCAGGCAAAACCAGAGGAACCAAGAGAAAUUAAUUCAUUCAGACCAGUUUUGAUGGAAAAUUUUUUAAAAGUGAUGAGUAAGGAUGAAAUUACAGAAUUGGAUUGGCCCACUGAAAUGGUGAAGGUCACCACCACUGAACCUCGCAUUAGUUUCAGCUGUAACCCCCUUUCCUUUGACUUCAGUGAGUUAUUGUCCGGAAAACCUGCAUCAAUGGAGAAAUUUAAAAAUGACAUUACAGCAUUGCAGGCCGUUAAGACUGAAUCUUCAGUGGAUGAGAGGGGAGAUGGAGAGAAGAUGGAAGAAGAUCAAGAGGAAAAAGAGAAAGAGGAGAAGGCAGGGUCUUCCAGACGUAGUCAUAGCAAGCACAAGAAAAAGCGCAAGAAAAAGAAAAGUAAACACCUUAAUGAAUCAAAGGAAAAUGUCAAUGAGAAAGAAGAAAAAGAAUCUGGCAGUAAAGAAAAUGGAAAGAAAUCAAAGAAGAAAAAGAAGAGAAAGAAGAAGCAUAAAAGCUCUAAAGACCAGGAUGAAAAGGCAGAAGGGAAGAGCAAAAAUGAGAAAAUAACUGAGGGGGUAGACAGUAAUGAUAAAGGCCAUGACUCGGAGGCUGAAGUGGGUGAUGUUGAAGACAGUAUUGAUUCUGAUUUGGAAGACAGCAAAAGUAAAAAGUCCAAGCACAAGAAGAGAAAGAAAACCAAGAAGUCAAAGAAGAAGAAAAAGAAAUCACAUCAUGAUGAUGAAGAAGGUAACAAAGAGAAAGAGAAAAAGAUAAAAGAGGAAAGUGAUUCAUCAGAUGAGGAGAAAGUGGCAGAAGUUGAAAAACCAAAAAGGGUGAAACGUAAAGGAAGUGUGAAAUCUGGUAGUGGUGAUGAAAAUAACGUGGAUAAGAAAAUAGUGAAAGAAACACAGAAGCAAACUGUAAAAAGUGAAAAGAAACGUAAGCACGACACAGAUGAAAUGACAUCUGAUGACUCUCCAGUAAAAAGCAUAAAACAGUCUCCAUUAGAUAAAAGUAAAAGCUCUCCAGCUGCAGCAAAGGAACCAAUAGCAGCUAAAAAGAUCAAGAAAGAUCCAGGAAGUGGGUCUGAAAGGAAAAGCUUAUCUUCUCAGAGGAAGCGUCAGACCAGUGAGUCCAGUGCUAAUGCUACACCUGUGAUUGCAGCUAAGAAACAAAAGGUAACCCCGAAACAAAUGCCAGAGCCGGAUAACGUUACAGAGGAUACCUGGAGCAAAAUGGAGGAUAUGUUUGAAGCUAAGGUACCCAACAACCCAAAGUCCAAGUGGGAUACAAGUGAGAGUGAAACAGAACAACAGGAAAAGGUUGCAGAGAAGAAGAAAUCACAAAAUAAAACGGUAAAUAAGACUGUGUUGAAGAAAAGUGUACCUGAUACUUUGAAAGAGACGGUUGUUCAGGAAAGGAAAUCAAGAAAGUCGGAAAAGAGUAAGAGAUCAAGAAGCAGAUAUUCCAGUAUGGAUUCCCGCAGCAGAUCAAGAAGUCACAGUCACUCCAGUAGGAGUCACAGGUCAUCUUCUGGAAGUUAUUCAAGGUCAAGAAGCAGAAGCAGACGGUCCUAUAGUUCAUCUUCCUAUGACUCCAGACACUCUAGAUCCUACUCUAGGUCAAGAACAAGGUCCAGAUCUAGACGAAGACACCACUCUAGUUCUUCAUACAGCAGUUACUCUGAUUACAGUAGAUCAAGAUCCCGUUCAUCAAGGUCAUAUUCAAGUUCACGAUCACGUUCAAGAUCGAGAUCUUAUAGAUCCUAUACAAGAAGCAGAAGUAGAAGUUCUAGUUAUUCAAGGUCACGAUCAAGGUCAUACAGACGCUCAAGAUCUCGGCAUCGUUCUCGCACUUACAGUCAUUCAUCAAGGCAUUCUCAUUCAUCAGACACAGAAAGUCCCAAGAAACAUUAUAGAAUACGCAGUAGUGACGUAGAAAAAGCCAAACAAGAGGAUCCUCUUGAUAUUCCCUUGCCAAAUUUUAAUGAUGAAGAUAAACCUGCAGAAAAUCUUGUAAAGAAAAUCCAGGACAAAAAACAGCAACACUCAGACUUAGUGAAGAAAGGCAUUGAAGCAAGUAAGCAAGCUGAAAAAGAAAACAAAAAUGUGCCUGAGGGUACUGACUUCAAUGACAUUCCUUUACCUACAGCAGACACAACAAAAACGUCUACUGCAUCUGCAAAUCCACCCCCUCCUCCCCCAUCACAGCAGCAGCAGCAGCAGGAGAUAGGACCCUAUGGCAUGCCUAUUCCUCAGUAUGCAAUGCCUUAUGGACCUCGUGAUAGAAUGCCAGGACCGAUGCAUCCAAACAUGAGGUAUCCACCUCCUCAUGAUAUGAGAUAUGGACCUCCUCGAAUGGGGCCCAUGGGGCCAUAUGGACCUAGAAGACCACCACAUCAUGACAUGAGAUACGGGCCACCAAGAAUGGGCCCAAUGCAUGAUGGCUACCAUGGACCAAGAUAUCCACCAAUGAGGCCACCUCCAGGUUAUGGACAUCCUCCACUUCCACCACCAAAAUCUUCAACACCACCACCUCCAGAACCUCCUAAGGAGGAAGAAAAACCAGUCGAAGAAAUUGCUCCCAAUCCGUCCAUUGUUAUACCUCCUGAGCAGGCAGAGCAAUAUAAACGUCUCCAGGAGCAGGCUCAGAAACAUGCCAACAAACAAAUGAGGAGACAAAAGAAAAUAGAGGCUGGUGAACCUUUUAGUGAAUCUUCCGAGUCUGAGGAAGAGGAACCCAAAAAGGAGGAGGAAGAUGUAGACGGAUCUGAGGAUGCAAUUUCAGAAGAACUAGCACAAGGUUUAGUGGCUGUACCAUCUCCAUCACUUUCACUUGCUCAACCAACAAUUCUUAUAGCACAACCACAGAUGGCAGGCGUUGGAGGACUAACACUGGCCCCACAGCUAAUCCAAGCUGGGCACCCACAGCAUGUUCUUUUACAGCAGGGAAUGGCAUUACCCCAGGGAAUGACAUUACCACAAGGAGUGGCAUUACCACAGGGUGUGACUCUUGGACAAAAUGCUUUAGGACAAACAAUUGCCCUUUCUCAAGCAUCUGGUAUAAGUCUUUCACAAGCUGGUCAUCCUCUGUUUUCUGGAGCUCCAGUUUUUGCCCACCCAGCAGCCUCUUCAUCCAUAACAGCUCUAGCUGCAGCAGCUGCUGCUGGGGCCCAGCCCGCUCACUUGCCAUCUGCUUUACAAGCACAGAUGCCCUUAGGAGGUGUUCAUGUUGGACUCGCACAACCAACACUCAUUCAGCAUCCUUUGUUAGCUCAGCAGCAACUUGCUGCUGCUCAGCUUCAUGCAGCUACACCCCAUGUGCUUUCUGGAGGACUGCAACAUGCAACAGGACCUGUAAUAGUUGGGAACCGACUUUUACUGCCAAGUAUUGUAAGGCAGUAAUAGAGACUAACUCAGUGACCCAGUGCCAAGUUUAGUAUUAAUCAUAAUACAUGUAUAUGGAACAUGACAUUGUGAUUUUCUGAUCAUUGCUUUGAUGAAUGUCCCAUUUAUGCAAAAUACUGUGAAUAUAUGAAAUUGUAUUUAAAUACAUGUAUAUGUUGAGAAGCAUUGCAGUUGAUGCCUAGUCAGACAUUUUUAUGCAACUUGGACAUGGAGAUGUGUGCUUUUAUGUGAUACAUAUUGUGUUUCACAAAAAACAUUUCAUAUCAGUUUAUAUUGUGGUGUUCUGGUGAUUCAUGUAUGUAUGUGUGUGUGUCCAGACAGUGCUACAAUUUUAAUGUUUAUACAGUGUAUUUAUGUUUAUCACCAAGAUUUGUUUAAAGAUGAACUGAAUGUUUUUGCUGCUUAGUUUUAUAAAACAAUAUAAUUUGAUGGGGAAAUAUUCAUGUUCAUUAACAAAAGGCUCUUUAGGCACAUAUAUAUGUUAAUGCUUAGUAAAAUGAAAAAAGGGUUUUUUGUCAAAAGCUGUUUUUAUGUUUUUGGAUGAAACAUUCUUAUUUUCCUAGCAUGAUGUGUUCGUUGAAAGAUGUGUGAAUGAUAUUUUAUUGAUUGAUAGGGAUAUAAUAUUAGCAUGUAUGGUAAUAACAUUCUUUUGAAAGGAACACAAUUUUUUUUAUGUUUAUUUUGUUAAUGCCUUGUUACAACAUCAAUGUUGCUCAAAGCAAGAGAAACAUGGAAUAAAACAAGUACACCAAAA